AAUCGGGCGUGAUGGAGCGGCCCGCCGACCUCCGGCAGAAAGAUGCCUUCGCGGGGUUCGCUUUCCCGUACCCCCAGCAGGAGAGCCACGCUCCCGCGGCCGAGAGGGGGAAGAAACCGGGCCAGGAGCACCGGCGACACAGCCGUAGGAAGAGGCUGAAGCAGCAUCGAGGGAAAGGCUCCAAGCUGAGACCGAGGGCCUUGGUGAAGAAGCCAGGCGCCCUUGUGGACCACCUUCGGCCUCUCCCCGGGGAAGGGGCUUCGGGCGGCUUGGUGCCCACCUCCCUCCCCAGCUCCGCGCCCCAGACGCUGACGGAGGACCCCUUGCCUGUCCGAGCCAUCUCCUCUCAGCCCCAGCUCCGUGUCUGGCAGGAGGGCGAGGUGAUGCCCACCCUGGACAUGGCCCUCUUCGACUGGACAGACUACGAAGACCUCCGGCUGGACAUGUGGCCGUCCAGCAGGAAGAAAGAGAAAUGGCGGAGUCCGAAAGGGGGCAACGAGACGACCUCCGCCGAAGGGGAGCCAUGCGACCAUCACCUGGAUUGCCUCUCAGGCAGCUGCUGUGAUCUGCGCGAGCACAUCUGCAAGUCGCACAACCGUGGGCUGAACAAUAAAUGCUACGACAACUGCAUGUGUGCCGAAGGUCUCCGCUGUUACGCCAAAUUCCACCGGAACCGGAGGGUCAUCCGGCGGAAAGGCCGCUGCGUGGAGCCGGAAUCUGCAGACGGCGACCGGGGAUCGUUCCUUAACGUCUAGAGAGAGACUCCCGGGGGGGCGCUGUUCACUUAUCACUUUGCGCGUGGACGUGGCUCGGGAAGGCUGAGUGCUGUAGGCCGAGCUGGGGUGAUGCGGAUGUGCAACUGGGGCCGUGGGGGGCAACUUUCUGAAAUAAACUGAGAAAUCGGGCGUGUCUUCCCAAGCUGGGAGGGGGCCCGCUGUGUCUCUUUGCGAGUCACCGCU